UAUCUAUUUAAUGGUUAUUUGCGCUUUGUUAUAGGCUCAAUUUGAUGCUGGUGAGCUGAUUACACAGCGAGAAAUUGUGUCUCAGAAGGUCAGUGAGGAUCUGAUGGACCGAGCUUCGCAGUUUGGUGUUAUCUUGGAUGACAUAUCUAUAACACAUUUAACAUUCGGCAAAGAGUUCACGCAAGCCGUGGAGUUGAAACAGGUUGCUCAGCAAGAUGCGGAGAAGGCUCGUUUCCUUGUAGAAAAGGCUGAACAGCAGAAGAAGGCGGCAGUGAUCACGGCAGAGGGCGAUGCGCAGGCUGCACUUCUACUUGCCAAGUCAUUCGGAGCCUCUGGCGAAGGUCUCGUGGAACUGAGAAGAAUCGAAGCCGCCGAAGACAUCGCAUACCAGCUUUCGCGAUCUCGACACGUGGCGUACCUACCUCCGGGGCAAAACAUAUUACUCAGCUUGCCCGCGCAGUAAACUUAUUACUGCUAUAGCCCAACCUUGCUGUCAAGUUUCCUUCAGGCUAUAGGACUCGUUACGUAAAAGGCAAAUGUCCGCAGGCGAUAACGUCACGUGCGUCUCGUAGGCCGUGAGGAGUCAGUUCUUCGCUGAAUUCAUUGAUUUUGAAACAUGUUACUGAGACUUUUUUUUCUGCAAGGGCAUUUGCGAAGGAAAUGAAUAGAUUUUUGAAUAUGUUUUAGUGUCUCUGGCUGAUAAUUCAGUGAUGCACGUGACUGAUCAAACGCUGUCCUUUGACAUUGUUAAAGACGACCUAAGAAUACACGUGUGCAUUUCAUAUUGGUCUUGGAAAGUAAUUUGUUUAAUGCAUAAAAUUCAUAUCCGUAGAUGUUCGGACCGUUAAAUUAGAGAGAAAGGAAUAUGUUUGAAUAAAUUGCCAGCAAGGUUUGUGGUAUGGGGUUGAGACUAAUGCAGGUGGACACUGUAGUCGUUAUUAGCGACAGCAAGGGACAGUGAAGUUACUUCAUUCAUUCAGUUAAUUGCCAAAAGUAAAUCUCGGUCUUAUCAGUGUAAAUGUGUGUAUGGCAAAAGAUAGUGUGAACGCUGCUCAGUGGUUAACUUCUCUGAACAUUUAUCCUUUUGUUCUUUUUAUAUGGAAAUAUGGAAAGAAGAUCGAGACUUACGUGUGUACCCGAAUGCAGCUGAGAAAUAAAAUGCCUUAUAUAAUUGAA